CAUCUAUACAAAUCAGAAAGAAAUUCCAGCAACAUCCACAAACAAUGGAUUACACUGGAUUUCUCUUCCUUCCUUCUUUCAGUCUCCUCUGUUUUUUGAGCCAGAGCACUCUGCAACCUUACUAUGCAGCCAACGACUGCUCAGGAAAUAAUUACACAGCUAACAGCAUAUACCAAUCCAACCUCAAUCUUCUUCUCUCUUCGCUAUCUUCUAAUGCUAUCAACAGUACUGGAUUCUACAACACAACAAUUGUCAAGAAUUUGAACACAAUCUACGGUCUUUUGCUCUGCAGAGGCGAUAUUUCCUCCCAAGAAUGUCAACAUUGUGUUAAAAAGGCUGCUGCCGAUGUCACAAAUCACUGUCCAAACCAGACAGUAGCAACAAUAUGGUAUGAUUUAUGUAUGUUAAGGUACUCGGAUCAGUUCAUCUUCUCAACUAUGCAAGAAACUCCAACUUGGUUUUUGUCCAAUGUCAAUGAUGUGCCCAACCCAGAUCAGUUUAAUCAGACUUUGGGAGAUUUAAUGAAUAGCCUUGUGAACCUGGCAGCCUUUGGCUCUUCUACCAGUCUGUUUGCAGCUGGGGCUGCAAAUUAUACAAGCAGCUUUGAGAAGAUAUAUGGGUUGGUGCAGUGUACUCCUGAUAUAUCUCAGAAUGAUUGCUAUAGAUGCUUAGUUGGGGCUGUUUCCAAUAUCCCAAGUUGUUGCAAUGGAAAGCAAGGUGGGAGAGUUCUCAUGCCCAGCUGUAAUUUGAGAUAUGAGCUCAAUGAUGCUUUCUAUGAAUCAAUUGCUGCUCCACCACCUCCAUCAUCUCCUGCAACUCCUUCUCUUACACCUCCUUCUUCACCAACAAACAAUACAGUAACACCAGGGAAUGGAAAAAAUUCAUCAACUACUGUCAUUAUUGCCGUCAUCCUGCCAAUAACUGGACUUAUACUUGUUUCUGUCCUGUGUAUAUGUUUUUUCAAAAGGAGGAAGCCAAAGAGAGAAAUUGAUGGUGUGGAUGAGAUCAAUCCAGUGCAAUCUUUGCAAUUCGAUUUUAAUACAAUAAGAGCUGCCACAACUAACUUCUCUGAAAUGAAUAAGCUAGGACAAGGUGGAUUUGGUGCCGUCUACAAGGGUAAGCUUUUAAAUGGACAAGAAGUUGCUGUGAAGAGGCUUUCUACAGACUCUGGACAAGGUGAACUAGAAUUUAAGAAUGAGGUGUUGUUACUGGCCAAGUUGCAGCACAGGAAUCUUGUACGACUCCUUGGCUUCAGCUUAAAAGGAGGAGAAAAGCUCUUGAUCUAUGAAUUCUUGCCAAAUGCAAGCCUUGAUCACUUCAUAUUUGAUCCAAUCAAACGCACACAAUUAGACUGGGAAAAGCGUCACAAAAUCAUAAGAGGGAUUGCUCGAGGGCUUCUCUAUCUUCAUGAAGAUUCUCGACUUAGGAUUAUACAUCGAGAUCUCAAAGCCAGCAAUGUUUUGUUAGACGAGGAGAUGAAUCCAAAAAUUUCAGAUUUUGGAAUGGCAAGACUUUUUGUAGUUGACCAAACUCAAAAUACAAAUAAAAUUGUCGGAACAUAUGGCUAUAUGGCUCCAGAGUAUGCGCUGCAUGGCCUCUUCUCUGUUAAGUCAGAUGUGUUCAGUUUUGGUGUCUUAAUUUUGGAAAUUGUGAGCGGUCGGAAAAACAGUUUUUAUCAAUUUGAGUGCAAUGAGGACCUUCUUAGCCAUGCAUGGAGAAAUUGGAGGGAAAACACGGCCAUAGAGUUGAUAGAUUCAACUUUGAGGGAAAAUUGUUCGAUAAGUGAAGUGAUGCGAUGCAUUCAAAUUGCAUUGCUAUGUGUUCAAGAAAAUGUUGCUGAUAGACCCACCAUGGCAUCAGUUGAUCUCAUGUUCAGUAGCGCAUCCAUCACUCUUGCAAUACCAUUAUCACCUGCCUUUUUUGAUUAUAACAGAGACGAGGCAGAAAAAUCUUCAUCCACAGCUAAGUCAACACCAAAGUCUACCACUGAGUUGUACCCUCGGUGAGAUACAGAGGAAGGGUAGUACAUUAAAGAAAAGAUGUGAAAUCACAGAUAAUUAGAUCCUGAAAUGAGAAAAUAUUGCUUACUUG